AUGAAGGGAUCCCGCGACCUAGGCGUUUUCACAGCAUUGGUAGCCAACAAGGCCCCCAAUAUUCGUUGCCUACAUCUGCCAGUAUCCCACUUCUGGGAUACGCCAUUCAUCCAGCUUUUCGGCCACAAUCCUGAAUUUUUGUCGAACCUCGAGUCUGUCUGGAUUGAAAGCGAUGAGGAAUAUCAGAAACUCCUCACCCUUCCCAAGGUCAAAUCCUCGACGUUUAAGUACGGUGCUCUCAGCCAUGAUUAUUUUUGUCCGUUUCCAUCUUCCUGGCUUCCUGGAACAUUGGAGACGGAGAAACUGGCCUUCCACCACUGCGCAAUCCAUCCUUUCGCCCUCAAAAAGAUGAUGCAAGCGUGCAAGAAGCUAAAGGCCUUCACCUAUAGCAAUUUCAGCUUGGACCCGGAUAAACGACGCCGUGCGAAAAGACUAGUCAAGUUCAACGCAAAGCAGGCCUACGAAGCCGUCCUCCUACAUAAAGACACCCUCGAGCUCUUCCACCUCGACUACACGAAAGGCUUUGAUAUCUUCGAGCACACGCUUUAUGGCCACAUCGAGGUUGGCUCAUUCCGCGAUUUCCCCGUGCUGGAGACCAUCGUCAUCACACACGAUUUUCUUCCACCACAUCCCGAAUUCCCCAGCUCGUUAAAGACACUCCAUAUCAUGGACUGCAAAUCAUCUGUCGGGGAGUUGGCUCGGAACAUCGCGGACGAUUGUGAAAAUGGUCUUUAUCCGAUGUUGACUGAUGUCAGUGUAUUCGCAUUCGACAUCACUCAUCUUCCCCUGAGCUAUCAGUGUAACAACGAUAGAAGUCGAGAUCAUCAUAAAUCAUCAGAAUCAGGUAAUUCAUACGGUGAGAUCUGGAAAUUCACUUUGGUUCCUUCGAACAUCUCCUCUAGAGCAAGCAAAGAUUGCUGUAGGGUUUCCGUGGUGGCCAGCAUUAUGGUCGAGUUCGGUUAUGAAGAAGAUUUCCAAGAACCGCCAAGAGCGAAUCCUAGCAUGGAUGCAAUCCCACCAUAUGUUUUGGAUUUGCUUAUGGAGCGGACAGUGAAAUCGUCUAGUCUAGUUACUUCGGCCAUCAUAAUAUCCACGAUAAUAUUCCUUAUAAUGUAA